ACUUGUGUUACACCACGGCAGAGGCUGUGGAAGAUGCGCGAUCCCCCGUCUGCUGUUAGCAACCUAUCAUGAAGGUGAUUAGACUGACAGCUGAUGAUCCUGUAAGUCCGCCCCCAAUCGGGGUCACACCGGAUUUCAAUGCGUCAAGCGGACAUUUGCAAACUGCAAGCACAGCCAUAGCUGCUGUUGGUAUUGCAAUCAGUACUAUAUGCCUUUUGAUACGAAUCUAUACGAAAGCGCGCCUGCUUCGGAAGUUCUGGUUUGAUGAUGUGUCCAUGAUCCUCGCCUGGGUUUUAUCGGUAUCAUCUCAAGCUAUCCUCCUAUAUGGUCAUUCCCGUUCCUGCUAUGGAAUCCAUAUCUGGAACUUCACCAUUUCUCGCUUGACUCUUUAUCAAAGGACUGUGCUGGCUGCCUCUGUUCUCUACAUCCCUGCGCUUGCGCUAGCUAAACUGGCCAUUCUCAUGCUCUACUACAUCCUGCUGAGAACAAUAACCGAUAUAUGGAAGUACAUUAUCUGCACAGUCGCAUUCCUGAUAUCGGGAUACAGUAUAGCUUUCGUCCUGGCGAUAAUUUUUGCCUGUUCCCCCGUGGCAAAGAGCUGGGAUCCCACAAUAACAAAUGGAUCCUGUAUUGAUGUGAAGGCCAUUUAUCUAGGAUCAGUCGUCACCAACACAGCCAGUGAUGUGAUUCUUAUCCUCAUUGCCGUACCCAUUGUGUGCAAGUUGCGAUUACCGCUCCUACAGCGACUUGGUGUGAUCGCCUUAUUUGGGGUCGGAUGUCUCACAAUAAUUACCAGUAUCGUUAGGCUCGCCACGAUUGGGCCUUUUCUUGCCUCCAAAGACCCAACAUAUAAGGUUGCUGUUCCUAUCAUGCUAAUCUUUAUUGAAGGGAAUUUUAUUAUUCUCUGUGGUUCCCUACCUUAUCUACGUGCUUUCCUCCGUCAUUAUGCUCCGAGAUGGAUUGGGGAAAGCAACCAAUCUCGAGGACACGGUUCAGACGAAUCUUCCAAGAGGAGGGACAAAGGGCAGAACCCUGGGUUUCCGCGGCUGCAAGAUGACAUCGAGCGAGCUAUAGCCAUUGAUGUACAACCAACGGCAGGCGCUUUACGGGAGAGUGUAACGGACAGCCAGGGUGAACAGGGGGUUGAACUGACCAGCACUCGCAUCCUGCACAUGUCCAGUGCGCGUGGGCACGUGUAG